AGGAGAUGUUCAUAUGAAUAAAUAUAACAGGGAGUGGGUGAGGGGUUGGUGGAGUGUCUUUAGUAUUCCAUAGGGAAGCCUGAGAAGAUAUGGGGAGGCAGCCAUGCUGUGACAAGCUUAAGGUGAAGAAGGGUCCAUGGACGGCUGAGGAGGACAAGAAGCUUGUUGCCUUUAUCCUUAGCAAUGGCCAUUGUUGUUGGAGGGCUGUGCCGAAGCUCGCCGGCCUCUUGCGCUGCGGGAAGAGCUGCCGUCUUCGGUGGACUAACUAUCUCCGCCCCGACCUCAAGCGAGGCCUUCUCACCGACGCCGAAGAGAAGCUUGUCAUAGACCUUCAUGCUAGUCUUGGCAAUAGGUGGUCCAAAAUUGCAUCAAGACUUCCAGGAAGAACUGAUAAUGAAAUAAAGAAUCACUGGAACACUCAUAUAAAAAAAAAGCUUCUAAAGAUGGGAAUUGAUCCGGUCACCCAUAAGCUCCUUCAUGAUCAAACGAGCUCGACGGCAGCGGCGUCGCCGAAUUCGACGGUGACAGAUGAUGAUAAAUUCAGCAAAAAACAUGAAUCUUUUGAUCCGAAGGAUGGCAUCAACCAAGUUUCACAGGAAGAGAAUGCUAACCCACAACAAAGCUUUUUGAAUACUAUGAACAGAGAUGAACAAGUGAUAGGUUGUUUGUGGGAUGAUGACAUGCCCUUCAUUGAAAAGCUAUGGAGUUCUCCUAUGAGUAUUGAAGAAUGGCUACUUGAUUACCAAGACUUUGGCAUUGGAGAUUUGGAGCUGGAGAGGGUGGAAAGAGGUGGGCUUGCUGAUGAACAAAUUAAACUGAACUAGGCUAAAAUAAGCUGAGGAUUGGGUGGAGGGAGCCCAAGCUCUUUGCUUAUGAAGUCUUGUUUUAAUUGUAAAGUGUGUCUGCCUUUUUUGGGGUGGAUAAUCAUGUUUUGAGCCCCUAGUUUUAUAUAGUCAUUGUCAUGAAGAAUAUAUAAAGUUCCGUAUGAAUAAGUUGCAUGAAGCACCUAUCUUAAAAGAAGAGGUGGGAUUCAUGGGACAAGAACUGUAAAAAGAUGCCAAGUGUUAUUGUUGUUAAGUGAAAAAUUGUAUGUCAACAGUGUAAAUAAUAAGUACUACUUGUAUAAAUAUAUGUG